UGCAGUGACACCUGCGCCCCGCGGUUGGCUGGCGGCGGGCCGGCUCCCCAGGAGGGUGGGCGUACGCCGCAGGAGCUCCAGGCCAACCUCAGGCCACCGCCAACUCCACCCGGCGUCUGGGAGGCGCUGGCUGCGCACCGGACGGCGGAGGCGGGACCGUCUUGGGGCCCCAAGGAGGUCCGGGAGCUGUGAGUCUUGCCAUCCACCGAGCCGAAGACCCUUGGCCUGAUCAGACACCGACCAGACACUCCUGGGGUCGAGCUAAGCCCGGGCUUCUGCACUUCGCUCUCGCCACCGACUUCUCUCGCCCACCGUGUUGCUCAGGCUCGGGACACUUUACCUGCCCUUGGUUUUCCAGAGUAGCACUGAGAUGUUCGUCCUCAGAGCAUGUGGAUGCCAAGGCAAAAGUGGAGACACUCUUAAUGAGCCCAGUACGUUUUUCUAACGUUUGGGUAGCGCUCACGUCUUUACAAGGUAGUGAAUUCCUAAGAAGAAAAUAAUGGAUUGCAUAUUACUAGUUCUCUAAUUGUUUGAACUCAGAAGUGUGCAGGUUUGUUGCAAAAGCCAAAAGAAGAUGGCAACUCCUUAUGUCCCAGUUCCUAUGCCAAUAGGGAACUCUGCUUCCAGUUUUGCAACCAACAGAAACCAAAGAAGUUCUUCUUUUGGGAGUAUCUCAACAAGCUCAAACUCUUCCAAAGGCCAGUUAGAAGACUCAAAUAUGGGUAAUUUUAAACAGACAAGUGUACCUGAUCAAAUGGAAAGCACUUCCUCUGUCUGUAGCAGUCCCCUCAUUAGGACUAAAUUUACAGGUGCAGAUUCUUCCAUUGAGUAUUCUGCUAGACCAAGAGAAAGUGAAGAACAAAAUCCUGAAACAGUGAAUUUGGAAGAUAGACCUUCUACACCUAUUAUCCUGGGUUAUGAGGUGAUGGAAGAAAGAGCUAAAUUUACUGUAUAUAAAAUACUAGUAAAGAAGAGUCCAGAAGAAAGCUGGGUAGUUUUUAGAAGAUACACUGACUUCUCUAGGCUUAAUGAUAAAUUAAAAGAGAUGUUUCCAGGCUUUCGAUUAGCACUUCCACCAAAACGCUGGUUUAAAGAUAAUUACAAUGCCGACUUUUUAGAAGAUAGACAAUUAGGAUUACAAGCAUUUCUUCAAAAUUUAGUAGCUCACAAGGACAUUGCUAACUGCCUUGCAGUGAGAGAAUUUCUUUGUCUGGAUGAUCCACCAGGUCCAUUUGAUAGCCUAGAAGAAAGCAGGGCUUUCUGUGAAACUUUAGAAGAGACAAACUACCGUUUUCAAAAAGAACUACUUGAAAAACAAAAAGAGUUGGAAUCACUGAAGAAACUGCUCUGUGAGAAGCAACUUCUUAUAGACACUCUAGAAAACAGAAUCAGGAACUUAUGUUUGGAACCUGAAGAAUCACUGCUCGUGUCAGGAACAGAAGGUGGACAGAUCCUAAAGGUGGAGUCCUCUGCACUUGAGGUUGAUCAAGAUGUCUUAGAUGAAGAAUCUAGAGCUGAUAAUAAGCAAUGCUCAAGUUUUAGUGAACCUGAAAAUUCCACAUCAGACAUAGAAGUAGCAGAAGUGGCAUAUAAUGCGGAAGACGACUAAUGAAUCUCAAGUGGUUCCUUCCAUUUUUACGUUCCUGCAAAUUUAGAAUAGAGUGGCAGAUAUUUAAAAAGAAAAAAAGAGACUGAAGCAUUUACAGAAAACAGCAAGAUUGCACAUGUAUAAAGUUUACAUAAAGAAAAAUUUAAGUUAUUGGUAUAGGAAAUAUAUUCACUGUUGCUUUACAUUGUCUUUUAGCCAAACUUUGUAUUUAACACACUAAAAAAAAUCUGGAGUUCUGUCAUCAAGGCCCACAUCCUUAAAUACUGUGCAUAAAUUAUUUUGUUGUUUUGCCAAUAUAUUGCUCCAGACUAACGUGGGUGUGCACACUUUGUGUGUGUGUGUGUGUGUGUGUGUGUGUGUGUGUGUGUGUGUGUUUAAAUCACCAGUUACAUUAGUUAAGUGGACAUAAAUUGCAUGUUGCUGUCUGUUAUAUACUUCUUGUGUCUCAGACAUGAUAUAUUUUCAUUAAUGGUUUAAAUAAGUGGUAGAGAUGAAUUGAGUUUUAAAUGUUGACAUGUUUAUCAUCUCUAAAUAAAAGUUGCUUAUUUGGAAUGUUACUAUUUAAAAGAAGAAAACUUUCUAGUACCAAAGGAAAACUCUUUGAAAGAGCUGUAAUAACAUAGCUAAAGUGAUAAAAUAGCCUUGAUUUUAAAAGCAAAUUUGCUAAUAUCAAAAUACUAUAAUAAAUGUUGUACCAGUGUAUUAUAUGUUAUACUUGUAUAUUUUCCACAUAAUCUUUAUCUUAAAUCUCUACCUAUAGAAUCAGUGGGUUUGCCUUUGUCAGAACACUACCUCUUUUUGCUAAUCAAGGCAUACUCUUUAAAAAUAUAGAUUGUAAGCAAAUAGGCAGUUAUACAAAAAAAUAAAAGAGAAAAAGCCAUAUAUCCUACAAAGUUCCUAUGUCAGCUCCUGGCAUUGCAUUUUUAUUUCUGUAUAUGUGAAUAUGUUGCUAUAAUGUAUUGAUGCUGAUUUUCUUCUUAAUAUAUUUAGCCAAGUGAUGCACUUUAUGACAAUUAAACUCUUUUGUGCCAAG